GAUAUUCCAAAAUACCAUACAAACAAAUUGUAUUUCCCUCUUCUAAUUAAAUACCAUGAGUAAUUGGAAUAACGUCGCUGUAGUUGACUACAAUGGCCGUGUGGCGGAGCCAUCGGUGCACCUACUGUGAAUUUGGCAAAUGUACCAUAAAAACAACAAAAUAAAAACAAUUUAAUAAACAAAGAAGUCUAAUUUUCAAUGAUCCAAGUUCGGCCAUGCAAGUGGACGAUUUACUGCUCUCGAUCGACCCGAAUGUCGACUACACGAAGAUUCAACCGGUACAACAAAAAAAUACUGUUUCGUUUGUAAAUCAGUUCACAAUGCGGACCGUUCAGUUUUUGAAUCGGUUCGCGCAGACUUGUGAAUCCAGGUUCAUGGAUUUCGAAUACAAGCUCCAAAAGGUGGAAGCUUCGCUUUUAAUUCUCGAAUCUCAGUUGUCAUCAAUAUCAGGACUAGAAAAUGAAUCUAAAAUACAAAAAGAUGAUCCAGUGUUGAAGCAGUUGCCUGAAUUAGAACCCGAGGAAAAACAAGAUAACCAACAAGGUAUAUUGGAGGAAGUAAAAACUGAAAUUGUUCAAGUUGAUGGAAUUAAAGCUUGUGAAGACCCAAGAUACAAGAAGUUUUUUAAGAUGGUACAAUUUGGUGUGCCAGAACCAGCUGUUAAAUUGAAAAUGAAAAAUGAAGGGAUUGAUCCUAGUAUAUUGGAUAAACCCAAUGAUGUGAUACCAGGAGUGCCUGAACCUGAAAAUUGUGCUGAAUCUGAUGAUAGUUCAGAUUAAUAUUUUUGUAUUAUACAACAAAUUAUUAAAUAUUUAAGUAAGUUUAGAUAUUGGAUGCUUUAAGACUGUAUUAUUGUAAAACAGAAAUAAACAAGUUUAAAGUAAA